AUGUUCUGCGUUCAAUCUGAAUCCGGUUUGUCAAUCCCAAUUCGAGUCCUGGUAUCAGCUCACAGUCCGUCUAUUCUUGGCCUUCGAGCAAUACGGCUACUACAAGGAUCCAUCACACUACAUACCAACAACGAUAUACCAAUCAACCCACAUCUUCAACAUUUGAUUGUACAGUGUUCCGGUAACGUUGGUGGCAUGAAAGUACUGUCGGUAAAGUUGGAAGUGGACGGUAAAUCUGUUUUUCUAGAACGACGCGUCCUCCCAUACGGUCAACGGGAAGGUGUCCUGAAAGCAUUACAGAAAAUGGAGCAGGAUGGUGUGAUAAGCAAAGUUGAAUCCAGUGCCGGGGCGACCCCGAUCGUCGUGGCGAUGAAAAGUGAUGGUAGGACACCACGGAUCUGUGGAGNUCCCAGAUUGCGGAGAUGUGCAGCGACCACCAUGGAACCAGAGGAUUUCAUGAAGUUGCAUGGUUGCCAGUAUUUCUCCAAGAUCGAUUUGGCGGACGCAUACCUACAGAUUCCACUCGAUGUUGAGUCUCGCUACUUGACAACAAUAAACACGCCGUGGGGAAUGUACCAGUAA